CGACAGACAUACAUGGAACCAACAUGACACACAUCGCUAACACUGUGGGAGUCCACCCAUACAGCAUACCAAACUGCACCUCCUCUGUGGUCUUCUGUUAGGUGUCCAGGGGUUUCAGGAUGAGCAUGUUCUCCUGAAAUCCCCGCAGUGCUUGGAGAGUGAGGAAAUUUCUCCAAAAUCCCCUCCACUCGGUGAGAAACCACCCCUCCGGCUUUUCAAUGGCGUCGCCAUCAGUCCGCUCAUCCACCAGCCGCCUGAAGGCUUCGUUGGGGAUCAGCUGGAACUUGAGCUCCUUGAUGCCGCGGAUCUUGAGCAGCGACUUGACGCACACAAUGCCGAACUCACCGGCGGCAUCGCCAACACCCAAAUCAUGAGGGACUGCACAUAGACAGACAGACAGACGGGCACAUCCAGGACACAAUGGGCUGCCAUCUGAAUGGAGGCGAUUGGUUGCUGCUCACCUUUCACACUAACAUCCAGCCGUUCGAUGGUCGGCAGCUGAUCCGCCAUGUCCCCCAACGUCAGCCCCCCCUCGCCCACACCAGUCACCUUCCUGGCCUCGAAAUACUCCAAUGACCUAUCCCCGCCCACCGCCUGCAGCAUCCCCACUGCUUGCUCCUCGGUUGGGUGCAUCCACAGUUCAAUGCGUUUGACCGCUGGCAUCUUGGUCACCAGCCUGCGGCCAAUCGCGAGACCCUUGCUGUGGACGGACAGCGACGAUAUGGCCGGGAAUGCAUUAUCGGGUAUGCUGUCCAGCACAAGUGGGUCGGGCUGGUCGGCGUCAUCGUCGAGCUCGUCGCCGGCGUAAACGUCGAGCUCGCCGUCAUCGUCAGGCUCCCAAUCAUCCCACAUGUCCACCACCCCCACAUCCUUCACGUUGGGGAAUGUCAGGGACUGCGCGAGGGCGAUGGCAGCGGGGCUGGGCGUGUCGAGAGGGGUGGUGAGGUGGUGGGGGCGGAUGAGGAAGCGCGCUCCGGAGGCUUCGACCGCCAGCUGCUGUAUGUGCCUCUGGACGAAGGGGGAGGGCUCCGGGCUCGUGGGAGUGUCGCAGAGGAGGGACAGGUCGAAGUGCCCGUCGAUCUCGAUGUCGACAGGAAUGUCGGGGCUCACACACACGGUGCGGCUGAAGGCCUCGAUGGCCGACAGGUGAGCGAAGAUGCUGCUGUCGGUCCAGUAUUCCUCGAAUGUGACCUUGAGCUUCUUGAUGGAGCGGCAGCCACGGUCGACGAGGACGGCCUACACAUAGACACACGCACAUCACAAGAAAGCUCUCACCCUCCCUCUCUGAUCUUAUGGAGUUCAUCGCUCACCUGAAGGCGGUGAAAACCCUCCCUCAAAUCCUUGUCCAAAAGGUCCCCCCGCGAAAUCUGGAAUGUGCCGACAUCCUCGAGCUGCGACAGUGGGCCCGACUGGCCGGCCGCUGCCACUGGGAUCUGCGCCAGCGACUUGGCCAUGACGUCAGGGUGGCAUUUCACGUGCAGCUCCUUGAGGCGCCGUAACGUGCCCACCAGCUCCCCCAACACCUCAUCCUUCCACACGAUCUCUCGCACCUCGACAGUCUCGAGUGACCUGGAAACCUGGACAGUCUCGAGUGACGGCAGCUGCCAGUGGCGCCCGUGGCCGGGGCAGGAGAGCUCAUAUCCCGCGGGGAUGCCUGUGAUGGAUCUGAGGGAUGUGAGGGUGGGGGGCGGGUCGAGGCGCGGGGGGAGACUCGGAUCCGUCGACUGCUCCGUCGCAGCUAGGAUAACGCGCCCCUCGGCCUCGUCGAUGAUGAUGGGCGAUUCGCCGUCGCUUAUGUCGAUGGACUCCAAGGUGGUUGGCGCCUGCCGCCCCGCUGCUGUGGCCGCUGCGGCUCUCCGCCCGUCGCUGUGGCCCUCCACCAAUGCCGUGAUGAUCUUCUUAAUCACCAGCCGCGACAGAGGCAUGUAGUCAUAAGUGCGCCCUGGGAUGCCUCUCGGGAUGUAUAGGCCAGGGGGAGACUUGAAGAGGUGGGGGGGGGAAACUGUCAUUAACCGUAACACUCGUCUGUCUG